GUUUGUAGACGCUCGUGAAAUGGCAGAGGCCUUCCCCUACCGAACAAAGGCCCUCUUCGCUUUUGAAGAGAUCGAUGGCGUGGAUGUUUGCUUCUUUGGCAUGCAUGUGCAGGAGUAUGGCUGGGAUUGCCCGCCCCCAAACACCAGGCGUGUGUACAUAUCCUAUCUGGACAGUAUUCAUUUCUUCCGGCCAAGAUGUCUCCGGACAGCUGUUUACCAUGAAAUCCUCAUUGGGUACCUGGAAUACGUCAAGAAACUAGGGUAUGUGACAGGCCACAUCUGGGCCUGCCCACCAAGCGAGGGGGAUGACUAUAUCUUCCACUGUCACCCUCCUGAUCAGAAAAUCCCCAAGCCCAAGCGCCUGCAAGAGUGGUACAAGAAGAUGCUGGACAAGGCGUUUGCCGAGAGGAUCAUUCACGACUACAAGGACAUCUUCAAACAAGCAACAGAGGAUCGGCUGACGAGUGCCAAAGAACUCCCUUACUUUGAAGGGGACUUUUGGCCCAACGUGCUGGAAGAGAGCAUUAAAGAGCUGGAGCAAGAGGAGGAGGAGAGGAAGAAGGAGGAGAGCACAGCUGCCAGUGAACCACCAGAGGGGACCCAGAGCGACAGCAAGAAUGCCAAGAAGAAGAACAACAAGAAGACCAACAAGAACAAGAGCAGCAUCAGCAGGGCCAACAAGAAGAAGCCCAGCAUGCCGAAUGUCUCCAACGACCUCUCUCAGAAGCUCUAUGCCACCAUGGAGAAGCACAAGGAGGUCUUCUUUGUGAUCCAUUUGCAUGCCGGGCCGGUCAUCAACACGCUGCCCCCCAUUGUGGACCCAGAUCCCUUGCUCAGCUGCGAUCUGAUGGACGGCCGCGACGCCUUCCUCACCCUGGCCCGGGACAAGCACUGGGAGUUUUCCUCGCUGCGUCGCUCCAAGUGGUCCACGCUGUGUAUGCUGGUGGAGCUCCACACCCAAGGGCAGGACCGGUUUGUCUACACGUGCAAUGAGUGCAAGCACCAUGUGGAAACCCGGUGGCACUGCACGGUCUGUGAGGACUACGACCUGUGCAUUAACUGCUACAACACCAAGAGCCAUGAACACAAAAUGGUCAAGUGGGGCCUGGGCCUGGACGACGACAGCCACAGCCAAGGGGAGCAGCAGUCAAAGAGCCCGCAGGAGUCACGCCGCCUGAGCAUCCAGCGCUGCAUCCAGUCCCUGGUGCACGCUUGCCAGUGCCGCAACGCCAACUGCUCCUUGCCGUCUUGCCAGAAGAUGAAGCGGGUCGUCCAGCACACCAAGGGCUGCAAGCGCAAGACCAAUGGGGGUUGCCCCGUCUGCAAGCAGCUGAUUGCCCUCUGCUGCUACCAUGCCAAGCACUGCCAGGAGAACAAAUGCCCCGUGCCCUUCUGUCUCAACAUCAAACACAAGCUCCGCCAGCAGCAGCUCCAGCACCGCCUGCAGCAGGCACAGUUGAUGCGGCGAAGGAUGGCCACCAUGACCACCCGCAACGUGCCUCAGCAAAGUUUGCCUUCUCCUACCUCAGCCACUCCUGGGACUCCGACGCAGCAGCCCAGCACCCCCCAGGCCCCCCAGCCUCCCCCCCAGCCCUCUCCCGCCAGCAUUUCUUCAGCUGGUUUUCCCAGCGGGGCCAGGACUCAGCCUCCACCACCACCACCCGUAUCCGCAGGCAAGCCUGCCACCCCGGUGGCUGUGGGCCCCCCUCCCUCCCAGCCUCCCCCAGGAGCCGUGGAAGCCGCUCGGCAAAUAGAAAUGGAAGCUGCCCAGCAGCAGCAGCAGCUGUACCGCGUUAGCAGCAACGGCUUGCCUCCUGGCCGAGCGGGCAUGGCGAGUCCAGCAGUAGGAGCUGUCCUACCACAGCAGGUGAGCAUGAAUGUACCCCGGCCCAACUCGGUAAGCGGCCCAGUGAUGUCCAGCCUGCAGCCCGGACAGUGGCCAUCGGCUCCCUUGCCUCAGCAGCAGCAGCAGCAGCCCCUGCAGCCGGGAAUGCCAAGGCCCAGCGUGCCCAUGGCCGCCCAGCAAGCCGUAGCUGGGCCUAGGAUGCCAGGCGUGCCGCAGCCGUCGCCCCGCAGCAUCCCCCCAAACGCUUUGCAGGAGUUGCUGCGGACUUUGAAAUCACCAAGCUCCCCCCAGCAGCAGCAGCAAGUGCUCAACAUUCUGAAGUCCAACCCUCAGCUCAUGGCCGCUUUUAUCAAGCAGAGAACAGCCAAAUACGUAGCAAAUCAGCCGGGCAUGCAGCAACCCCAGCCGCCCCUGCAGACACCGCCGCCAACCCCUCCGACUGGUCUGCAUGCUCCGUCUGGCUUACAGAACUUGAAUGCGCUGCAGGCUGGGGGCCAGAGGCCCGGGGUUCCUCCUCAGCAGCCAGGCAUGGGAGGCUUGAAUGCCCAGGGCCAGGCGGUUCUGACCCCAAGCCACAGCGCGAGCAUGGCCGGCAUGAGCCCUCAGUACCGGGAGCUCCUGAGACGGCAGCUGCUGCAGCAGCAGCAGCAGGGCAGCCCCGGCCUCACGGCUCACAAUCAGUUCCAGCAGCCCCCGGGGCCGGGAGGCUACUCCCAAGCCCUGCAGCAGCAGCAGCAGCGCCUCUCGCUCCAGGGGGGAGCCCUGGGCCAGAUGGCUCAGCUGAACCCAAUGGGAACGGACGGCAGCCCCAACAUCCAGCAAGCCUUGCAGCAGCGCAUCCUGCAACAGCAGCAGCAGCAGCUGAAACAGCAGAUCGGCUCCCCGGCUCAGCCGAACCCCAUGAGUCCCCAGCAGCACCUGCUCUCAGGACAGCCGCCGGCACCUCCCCUCCCGGGCCAGCAGAUCACCCCUUCCCUCGGCAGCCAGGUGCGGUCCCCGGCCCCAGUGCCGUCUCCCCGCCCCCAGUCCCAGCCGCCACAUUCCAGCCCGUCGCCCCGGCUGCAGCCCCAGCCCUCCCCUCACCACGCCUCUCCACAGACCGGCUCCCCGCACCCCGGGCUGGCCGUGGCAAUGGCCGCCUCCCUGGAGCAGGGGCACCCCGAACAAAGUGCAAUGCUGCCCCAGCUCAACCCCCCCAGCUGGAAUGUGUUACCCAAUGAAUUGGCCCUGGUGGGCGACACUACGGGAGGCGACACGCUGGAGAAGUUUGUGCCCCCCCCCCCGGGGCGCCCCCUCUGGGCUGCAGACAGACAUCUCUCGUGCUUGACGUGGUGA